AAUUGAUUACCCCCCGAGAUUUUACUCCGAAGCAGACCCGAGGUCAAGCUGCAGCACAGGAAUGUUGACAUAAUGCAUUCGGCCGACAGCAUCCCCAAAGUGAUAACGGACAACCUCUACUCAGAGUCAGUGGCAGCAAAGUUGUGGAAUGUGGCCAGCAGAGCCCUUGGCAAGGCAGAGCCACCAACGUUCUAUCCCGAAUACACCGGCAAGGACGGAGUAACGUAUGUCUAUCGACAUUUGAGUUUUUGGACCUCAGGCUUCUUCCCAGGUUCCUUGUAUCUUCUUCUUGAAAGGCAAGAGAAGUACGGUCGCAACGCCCAAGUCCCCAGUCCACAUGCACUCCAAAUCCAGCAUCUCUGCCAGUGGUGGACCGCAAGCCUGCAUCAGAACGCGACUCUAAACACUACACACGACCUGGGAUUCAUGAUCGCACCCUGGGCUACGAAGGCCUGGGAUCUGCACAGAGAUGCGCGGGCGUUCAGCAGCAUGGUGCUUGCUGCGCACACCCUAGCAAGUCGAUUUUGUCCCAGAGUCCAGGCGAUCCGUAGCUGGGAUACGUGUAUCACCAAGCGGUAUUCAUUCGUCGAUCCAGCGAAAGACUUCCUCGUCAUCAUUGACAACAUGAUUAACCUGGACAUGUUAUUCUGGGUUGCUAAGGAGACGGAUGACGAGCGUCUCUAUGAUAUCGCCCUUGCGCAUGCACAAACGACACAAAAACAUCACAUCCGUUCUGACAACACCACCUUCCAUGUAGUGAACUUCGACCCCGAAAGUACCCAGCCGAAGCAAAAGCUUACAAACCAAGGGUUGAGCGACGAAAGUUGCUGGGCGCGAGGGCAAGCCUGGGGUAUCCUCGGAUUUGCGCAGACGUUUCAUUGGACGGGGGAUCUCUCUUUGCUGCAGACUUCUCAAGAUCUUGCGGAUUAUUUCAUCGACCAUUUGCCUGCGGACCAGGUUCCGUAUUGGGAUUUCGAUGCGCCAAGAGCAAACGAAGCCCCACGAGACACGUCCGCCGCUAUGAUCGCAUCUUGCGGCAUGCUUCUAAUCUACAAAGCUCUAAGAGCGCGAGGACAGUGCGCAGAAGCCGAUUUUUAUCUCGGUGCCGCAAUGCGCAUUGUCGAGGGAACAAUUGCAAAAUUCCUAAAUCCUCCCACAUUCAGAUUUGUUGCCCUACCCUCUGAGCGUGGGAUCCAGACGUAUGAAGAUGGACUUCCAUCUGAUCACGAGGAAAGGCCUGAGCCUGGUUAUCUUGCUGUGAGCUCUGGUCUUGAUUUCUUUGACCAUCCCUCGAACGGCACAAAUGGUGUGGUGGACAAGAGACAGCGAGUUCUGGCAGAGACGAUAUUGAAUGGUGCGACAAUCAACAAUUAUGAGUACGCCCCGAGACGAUGGGCGAAUCAUGGGCUAGUCUAUGCGGACUAUUAUUUCAUGCUUUUUGGGAACAUGCUUCUGAACCUAGGUCUAGUAGAGUAUAGAUCGCAGUGAAGGACCACGUACAUUGUUGUUGAUUCCGG